CCUGUGUGAAUGAUGAGGGAUAAUAUCCUGCCAAAAGCCAGGAGCAAUUGCCGCUGCUCUCUGUUCUUCUCUUCUACUUCUCCCUUCUCUUUACUCCUUGUGCUAAACCACUGUCUUAUGAACUCGUAGGGGGGUCUUUCAAACUGCCAGACAUGGGGGAUGCCAGAGAAAUUCAACUCCAAAUCAGAGGAGCUCAAGAACAACCAAGCCUCCAUAAAGAUGCAACUGCCAGCAACCAACCACUGAGACCAUCUUCCAUGUCUAAAAGUUGGCGAUGGUGGCUGAUGAUUGCUCUCAAUAUCCUCUUUGUCCUUGCUGGCCAAACUGCGGGCAUCCUUCUUGGGAGGCUCUACUACAACGAAGGCGGUAAUAGCAAAUGGAUGGCCACACUUGUCCAAUGUGCAGGCUUUCCAAUCCUCUUCCUUCCACUUCUUCUCUUCCCUUCACCUUCUUUUAUCACCUCCUUUGCCCAUCCCCCCAUCACUAAAAUUGCAUUCAUAUACAUCUCUUUAGGCCUCAUCAUAGCAGGGGACAACUUAAUAUACUCAUGUGGCCUCUUAUACCUUCCUAUCUCGACCUACUCCCUCGUAUGUGCUACUCAACUGGCUUUCAAUGCAGUAUUCACCUACUUUCUCAAUUCACAAAAGUUCACUCCUUUCAUCUUCAACUCUGUCAUACUCUUAACAUUCUCUUCUGCUCUGUUGGGGAUCCAAUCCGAUUCGGAGGACUCCACAGAUGUCCCUAAAGGAAAGUAUUCACUAAGAUUUGUGUUGACACUUGGAGCAUCAGCCAUCUUCUCACUAAUCUCCUCUCUAAUUCAGCUCACCUUACAAAAGGUUCCGAAGAUCGAGACGUUCUCCAUCGUACUGCAGAUGCAACUUUGUAUAUCGUUCAUUGCAAGCAUUGUCUGUGUGGUAGGGUUGUUUGCCAGUGGAGAGUGGAAAGUGUUGGAGGGGGAGAUGGAUGGGUUUGGGAAGGGGAGGGUGUCAUAUGUGAUGACAUCGGUUUGCACUGCAGUGGCUUGGCAGGUGGCCUCUGUGGGGAUGGUAGGUUUGAUAUUGGUGGUGUCCUCUCUAUUCUCUAAUGUGAUCGGCACCUUGGCUUUACCUGUGGUACCAAUCUUUGCUGUGAUCUUCUUUCACGACAAGAUGGAUGGAGUGAAGGUCAUGGCCACGUUGAUUGCUGUUUGGGGGUUCAUUUCUUAUAUUUAUCAGGACUAUCUUGAUGACAGUAAGGCCAAAAGGGCCAUUGGAAGUGAUUCCAAGGAUGGGUCAGGCGUCUCUAUCCCUCCAUAAAAAAAUAGAAUUAGAAGGUCAACUUUUAACUUUCUUCUUCUCUUAGGUUUGAGUUUGUUUACUGUUUUCCUACCCUUCAUCCAUGUCAAUCAGCAAUUUAUGUAUUUGAAGAAAGAUAAAUAUGAAUUCUCUCAAAAGGAAGAGAUAUGAUACUGUUCUUUGUCAUG